CGAAAAUGUCAAAGUGGUCUGCGAAUGGCUGUCAUUUACAAAUAAAUAUCUCAGUUUACCAUACAUAAUUCAACUGCAGUGAUAACGUUGCCCAAGAAAAACUACUCUCGGUUAUACUAUAUCUGGUAUAAUUAUAUUCUGAUUAAUUAUGGCAAGCGUUCCUGGUUUUACAUUGGAAACUGCGAAAGCUAUACUGACUGACGUUCUGACAGCACUAAAUACACCUGAAAACUUGCAAAAACUUGCAGAAGCUAAGGAAAAUUCCGGCAAUGAGAUGUUGAAAAUGAUGCAGUUUGUAUUUCCACUAGUAACACAGAUUCAAAUGGAUAUCAUAAAAAAUUAUGGAUUUCCAGAAGGAAGAGAAGCAGGUACUGUACAAUUUGCGCAGCUCAUUCGGGCUUUAGAAAGAGAAGAUUCUGAAAUAGCACAGCUACAUAAUCAGGUUCGUUCAUAUUUUCUUCCACCAGUUACGAUAAACUCUUCGACUGAAGCAUCUCUUUAGAUUAAAACAAGAUCUCAUCUAAAAAAAUCCAUAUACCAUUUUUAUCUAAAGACUAUAUUAAGUUAAUAAGAUAAAGACAAUGUCUGUAGAAAAAAUGAAGAAAAAAUUA